UGUAGUCCCAAAGCCUCUAUUGUUAGGAGAUGAGUAUUUGUACAUCCAUGACACAUCUAACGCAUUCCAGCAGAGUUAUAUCCAUGGCAAACCGAAGUAUUGUUUCCAUGGCUGUGACAGCAUUAUUCCUUGCAGUUCUAAUAGCAAUCCCAACAAGUGUGCAUUCCAAUGGCGUUUGUUAUGGAAGACUUGGAGACAACCUACCCCAACCUAGUGAUGUAGUGAAUCUCUACAAAUCUAACAACAUUGGAGGGAUGAGAAUCUAUGAUCCAUAUCAACCUACUCUUCAAGCACUUGGAGGGUCCAACAUUUCACUCAUUGUCGAUGUCCCUAAUGAAGAUCUCCAAAAUCUAGCCUCUGAUGCUUCGGCAGCAAGUGAUUGGGUCCAGAAUAACAUUAUAGCAUAUCCCGAUGUUUCAUUUCGAUACAUCGCAGUCGGUAAUGAAGUGAUACCUGGAGAUUUAGCUGGAUAUGUGCUCCAAGCCAUGAAUAACAUCCAAUCUGCUCUAUCGGCCAGGGGUCUACAAAACCAAAUUAAAGUCUCAACUUCGGUUUCUCAGGGCAUCCUUGGGACAUCAUAUCCUCCAUCUGCUGGUGCAUUCUCUUCUGAUGCAUCACAGUAUUUAGGACCAAUUGUCAACUUUUUGGCUAGCAAUAGAUCACCACUCCUAGUAAAUGUGUAUCCAUACUUUAGUUACAUCGACGACAUGAAGAAUAUCAGUAUCGAAUAUGCCUUGUUUACUUCGCCAGAAACCAUUGUACAGGAUGGCCACUUUGGCUAUCAGAAUCUUUUUGAUGUAAUAGUUGAUGCAGUCUACUCGGCAUUAGCAAAUGUGGGAGGCUCUAAUGUAGAAGUUGUAGUAUCAGAAAGUGGUUGACCUUCAACUGGUGGUACCGCAGCAACAAUGAAAAAUGCAUGGACAUAUAAUCAAAAUUUGAUUAAUCAUGUUGGUCAAGGGACACCUAAGACAUCUGGAAGGGCUAUAGAGACUUAUAUAUUUGCCAUGUUC